AUGCAGCUGUGCGGCCGUCAGAAGGUGGUCCAGCGCAAGAUGGUGCUGCUAGGCGAUGGUGCCUGCGGCAAGACAUCUGCGCUGAAUGUGUUUACUCGUGGAUUCUUCCCCACGGUUUACGAGCCUACAGUCUUUGAAAACUACGUGCAUGAUAUCUUCGUCGACAACAUACAUGUGGAGCUCUCGCUAUGGGAUACCGCCGGCCAAGAAGAGUUCGACCGACUGCGCGCGCUGUCUUAUGAGGACACACAUGUGCUUAUGCUCUGCUUCAGUGUCGACAGCCCUGACUCCUUCGAGAACGUAUCGUCGAAAUGGAUCGCCGAGAUUAACGAGAACUGCCCUGGCGUGCGCGUAGUCCUGACAGCGCUCAAGUGUGAUCUGCGCAAGGACGAAGACAUGAAUGAGAACCCCAACACCAUCAGCUUCGACCAGGGCCUAGCGAAGGCAAAGGAGAUCGGCGCCGUGAAGUACCUGGCUAAGGUUGCCCUCGAGGUUAACGCGGGCGGGAGCUCGUCCUCCGGUUCGCAGUGCAUCAUUCUGUGA